AUGUCUCGCCAACGCCCUACUUUCUCGACUCGGUCCGCCGACGAGGAUGCCGCGAGACUCGAUCCAAUUGAGCAUGGAGAUCCUUCAUUAGGGGAACGUAGUGGAUUGCUACAAUUGCCACCUAUCAUCCGUCGACAAUCUGAGGAGAGUCAAGGCCAGCACCAUUCCUGGCUCGGCAAUCCAUUUGGCGGCCUUUCCCGAUGCUGGCGUCGAAAGAAAUGCAGCGAACAAGAAGAAGAGAAUGGCGAAGAGAGCGAAAUACCCCCUAUGUCACCUCUCACAGCAAACGACAAGAAGGAUAAAGGUAAACCCCACUCUCGUUCGAUAGAUGAGCCAAAGAAGCUGGGCACUUUCUCCGGAGUUUUUGUCCCUACAACCUUGAACGUGCUCAGUAUUCUUAUGUUCCUUCGUUUUGGAUUUAUACUGGGCCAAGCUGGGCUGGUGGGUAUAAUUGGACUGCUGGUCGUCUCAUACAUGAUCAAUUUGGUUACCACAAUGUCAUUGUCUGCAAUUGCCACAAAUGGAACAGUCCGAGGAGGCGGGGCUUACUUCUUGAUCUCUCGGUCAUUGGGUCCUGAAUUUGGCGGUUCCAUUGGAGUUGUAUUCUACUUGGGCUACGUCUUCAAUACUGGCAUGAAUGCUGUUGGUUUAAUAGACUGUUUCACGCAAAAUUUUGGUGAAACAUCUGGCACUUGGGCUAAUUUCCUCAUGGAAGGGACAUGGUGGCAGUACCUUUGGGCAACUGUGAUCUUGGUGCUCUGCACAGCUGUUUGCUUAGCUGGAAGUUCCAUUUUUGCGAGAGCGAGCAAUGGUCUCCUGGUUAUUCUCCUUGUGGCGACAUUCAGCAUUCCACUAUCUGCCAUCUUCAUGAAACCAUUCCAGUCUCCAAAUGAAGGCGUUGAGUUUACAGGACUGAGGUUAAAAACCCUGAUAGGUAAUUUGAUGCCUCAUCUGACUAAGGGCGCUGCCGGAAGCCAGUUGAAGCACAAGGAGAACUUUCAAGACCUUUUUGGUAUCCUGUUUCCUGCCACCGGAGGCAUAUUUGCUGGCGCAAGCAUGUCAGGAGAUUUGAAACAUCCAAGCAAAGCAAUCCCAAAGGGAACACUGGCAGGCCUUGCGCUAACAUUUGUCUCUUAUGCUGUGGUCGUCCUAGCCAUGGCGGCCUCAGUCACCCGGGAGUCUUUCUACAAUAAUGUGAACGUGAUACAGAUUGUUAACUUCUCUGAUACCGUCAUUCUCCUUGGAGAAUUUGCCACCAGUUUCUUCUCUGUGUUGAUGGGAGUGAUCGGAUCUGCAAAGCUUCUCCAGGCAAUUGCAAGAGACAACCUGCUGCCUGGACUUGACAUCUUUGCCCAAGGUACAAAGAAGGCCGAUGAUCCCAUAUAUGCCAUUUUAAUCACCUACAUCUUCGCACAACUGACAAUGCUGUUCGACAUCAACCGCAUUGCGUCAUUUGUGACCAUGACAUACUUGAUGACUUUCCUUGUGACCAACCUGGCCUGUUUCCUCCUGAAAAUUGGCUCAGCACCCAAUUUUCGACCAUCCUUCCAUUAUUUCAAUUGGCAGACUGCAGCUGCAGGAACACUUGCUAGCGGAAUCAGUAUGUUCUUUGUAGAUGGCCUCUAUGCAGCUUGCUGCGUUGGUAUUUUGUUUGUGCUGUUUCUUCUUAUCCAUUACACCUCGCCGCCCAAGGCCUGGGGCGAUGUGAGCCAAAGCCUGAUUUAUCACCAAGUGCGAAAGUAUCUGCUUCGUCUGCGCCAAGAGCAUGUCAAAUUCUGGCGACCACAGAUUCUGCUUUUUGUCAGCGACCUCGACCAACAGUAUAAGAUGGUCUCCUUUUGCAACUCUCUCAAGAAAGGUGCCCUCUUUGUCUUGGGUCAUGUGCUCGUUACUGAUGACUUCUCAUCGGCCGUGCCAGAGGCACGUCGCCAACACAGCGCAUGGACCAAGUUCGUCGAAUAUUCCAAGAUCAAGGCCUUUGUCAACAUUGCUAUUGCCCCUGCCGCAGAAUGGGGUAUGCGUAACAUUGUCCUCAAUGCUGGUCUGGGUGGCAUGCGUCCUAAUAUUGUUGUGAUCGACCAAUUUCGAUCAGAUCAAUCCCUGGUAGAAACCUUGUCACAGAGCAGCUAUAACAAGUCAAGACGCCGCUCCUCUAUUUUAGGCUCAAGAAGUGACGGAUCCCACGAAUUUGCACCAUCUGCAAAUCCAAUGAGCUGCCAGAGUUAUGUGACGGUUCUCGAGGAUUUACUUUUCAAGCUUCGAAUUAACGUUGCCGUGGCCAAAGGAUUCGAGGAUCUUGAACUGCCAGACCCACAUGGACGUCACACGAAAAAGUACAUAGACUUGUGGCCCAUACAGAUGUCUGCAGAGCUUGGGGCCGACAGUGUGAGCAAGCAACAUGUUUUGACAACAAAUUUCGACACCUACACCCUCAUUCUCCAACUAGGCUGCAUCUUGAACACUGUCCCAUCGUGGAAAAAGACAUAUAAGUUGCGAGUUGCAGUGUUUGUUGAAUACGAGACAGACGUGGAAGAUGAACGAAAGCGGGUCUCUACUCUGCUCGAGAAACUGCGCAUCCAAGCAGAGAUUUUAGUCUUUUGGCUUGCAUGUGGGGAUCUCAAAUCAUACCGCAUUAUUAUCAAUGGCGAUACUUCACCUGAUAUGACUGACGCCAAGGAGAAUGUUCAAUUGAUUCUAGGUGAAGAGGACUGGUGGAAAGAAGUCUCACAAGCUCGCAACCCUGUCGAGAACUUUCAAGCGGAAGAAAACGCCGGUGAGGCUAUUUCACCAGAGCGGCGGUCAUCUAGUUGGCAAGCACCCCCUGCCUUGGAGGGUGGCGGAAAGAAAUGGAAUCAUCUGACAAAACUUCGGACAUUGAUUCAAGCCACCAAACGCAAGCGUUCUGUGUCCAGCUUCCGGGCGAUGGGAGGUAUUAGCCUGGGCAUGCAGACCCAUCAUCUAUUGGAUUCUUUUGUUGACUUUGAUGGAGAGGACUCGAGUAGUGAGAGCUCAGACAGUGACCUGGAUCCUUAUACGAGUGACCCAGAGAUCAAUGAGGGUGACGAGGACGCGUUCGGCAGUCGAGAUAGUCGAGCGAAUCCUGGUUCUUCACGGCUUUCUCGCACCAAAAGCGAUGAUGGAGACUCUAGAUUGCGCACACCUACCAUGCCACGAACACCUAGCAAACCAGCUUUUUGGUCUCCUGCUCCGAUACAUGAGGAGGGCCAACAGAGCCAAGAAAUUCCAUCAAUAAUCACAACUCAGGAGGAUGCAUCUCCAAAGAGCAAACCACCUGUCCCUGUGCCGCCCCACUCUCCCCACUCGCCUCGCCCGGCCAUCAGCCGCUCGGUCUCCAGGAACCGCUUUAGCUCUUCCCCGAUUCCGGAGACCAAGGUCAACGCGGAGGAGGAAGCGGGUCCAUCGAUUAUGUUCGCCUCAAAUGCUUCACCUCCCCGGUUUUCAAGCAAACUUGAUUCCAUUUAUACACGGCGUCAAUCAAGCCCCAGUGGACACAGCAGCCAAUCGGCACCGGCACACGCAUCUGGAUACCCGGGCCACGCUUCCGUCCCUCUAUCUUUCAAUGAUCUUCCUAGCCGAGCGCAGCAUCUUAUACUGAACGAGUUGAUGGUCCAGCAGAGCAGUGAGACAGCCGUUAUUUUCACUACGCUACCGUCGCCAGAAGAGGGCACUUCGCUUAAUGAAGAGGAAAGCGCAGCUUAUCUGAGUGACCUUGAUGUGCUGUGGCAAGGUCUCCCUCCGUGCCUUCUGGUGCACAGCAAUAGCAUGACCGUGACUAUGAACCUUUAA